AUGCUCCAAGAAGCCGAACACCACAUCAAAACCCUCCUCACCAAAUCCCCCAUAACCUCAUUUCCCCACAUCGCCGCCUGGAGAGAAGCAUACAAAGGCUUCGGCGCCAAGCCGCAGAAAACCCGAAACAGCCUGGAAGCCCUAACACGCCGCGCAGAAGGUGGUCUGCCACGCGUGAACCAGUUAACCGACAUCUACAAUGCGAUUUCGGUGAAACAUCAGAUUCCACUCGGAGGCGAGGAUUUGGAUAAGUAUGAUGGGGCGCCGUUUUUGAUUCGUGCGACGGGGACGGAGUCGUUUCAGACGUUUUCAGGUGGAGAGCCGCUGGUGGAAAAUGCGGCGCCUGGAGAGCCGGUUUGGUGUGAUGAGAGUGGUGUUACUUGUCGGAGAUGGAAUUGGAGGCAGGGUCCAAGGACGGCGUUGACGGAUGAGACUACCAGGGUGCUUUUUAUUUUGGAUGCGUUGAAGCCGCUCUCUAAUGAGGGUCUUUUGGAAGCUGCUGAUGAGCUUGCUGCGGCGUUGAAGGGCUUGUCGCCGGAUGUGCGGACGGCGCAGCGUAUCAUUGAUGCUUCUUCUUGA